AUGGAUGAGUUUGAAGAGGAAUCCGAGGAUGAAACUGAUGAGGAGAUUGCUCCUCAAGUUCAGAUUGAUGGUGAAUUACAAGGUGAAGGCGCUGCCAGAACUGAGCAAGCAGCCGAAUCUGUUGAAGCUCCUCAUGCCCAGGAGGAAAGAAGGGAGACUUCUCAGCAUUCCAGCUAUAGACUGUCAGAAGAUUCUGAUCAUGAACUUGACUUACGCGAUGGAAGGGGCUGGUCUGUCAUAUCCGAUCAACAAAAGGGAUUGGUUGAUGCUCUACGUGACCUGUUGCCAGAUGCGGAGCAUAGGAACUGUGCAAGGCAUGUAUAUGCAAACUGGAAAUCUAAAAACAAGACAGAUCGGGUCCGCAAAGUAUUCUGGAAGUGUGAGGUGAAGAUGGGUAAUUCAGGGCAUGGCCUGAAGCCACUGGUUAUCCAGUAUUCCCUCCCAAGCAAAGGGCGCAACCUGGAAGGCCAAAGGGGAACUGUCAUCCACUGCAGCAAGUGUGGAGCUGAGGGGCAUAAUGCACGGACCUGUAAAGAGCCUGUUUCAAAUGCUGCCCCCGAGAGACAGGGAAACAUAAUUACAGCGAGGAGAACUCGCGCGACCCACAAUGAAAGAACUUGUCCUAUAAACCAAGGGAGUGGAAUACAGCAUGUGAGGUUAAAUGUUGGUGAUCGAAGGACAAUUGCACGCGAGAUGCGAGUUGCAACAGCUGGAAUCGGUGUAUAUGUGAAUGAGACCACUGGAAAUACAUAUGUUAGGCUGAACGGAGCAAAUGGUCGUCCAGUGGGUGGAAGUCAGCCAACAGUGGUGGAUGUCCAAGGAAGUCAGCCACCUGUCACACAACCUUAG